AUGGUCCGAAUAUCUGGAGUCGACGUACCCGACCGCAAGCGCGCCCACAUUGCCCUGCGUAGCAUCUAUGGCAUUGGCCCCGCCAAGGCUAUCGAAAUUGUCGGCAAGGCUAACCUGGAUACCGACAUGCCGCCGCGCAUGAAUGAACUCUCCGAGAUCGAAGUUGACCGCAUUCGCGUCAUCGUCGACCAGGACUACAUCACCGAAGGCGAUCUGCGCCGCGAACACAACGAGAAUAUUCGCCGGCUGAUCGACAUCGGCAGCUACCGGGGGCUGCGCCAUCGCCGGAACCUGCCGGUUCACGGCCAGCGCACCCGCACUAACGCCCGCUCCCGAAAGGGCGCCCGGCGCACCGUGGCCGGCCGCGGUCGUCGCACCGGCGGAAAGAAGUAA